CACACACACCAUUGUAAAAUGAAUCAUGAAUUGAUGUGUAAACUAAACAUGCACGACACUCAGGUGAUGGAUUUGAUGGCAUCCCAUGAUUUCGUUCAACAGCAGCAACAACCUCAGCCGCAGCAACAACAACAACAACCAAUGCUCAAUUAUACAAUGGCAGAAACACAAACAACACCGCCAAAUGCACCACCACAUACCGAUAAUCCGGAUAACAACAGAUCUUCAAGGCCAAUAAGACGAGCCAGUCGCCGAACGCCACAGUUAAGCAAUAAUUAUGAUAUGGAAAUGACAGAUUCAAGUUCGCAAAGCGAUGACACCAGCGGUGGGGGAGGCAGCAGCAAUGGCGGCGGCAGUGGUGCACGACCUUCAAGUCGUGGCAGAAACUCAUCGGGUACCAAUUCGAAUCGCCGCAGGAAGGGUACACUGAAUGCAAAAGAACGCAACUUACGUCGUCUGGAAUCCAAUGAAAGGGAACGAAUGCGAAUGCACAGUUUAAACGAUGCCUUCCAGUCCCUGCGUGAGGUAAUACCACAUGUUGAAAUGGAACGUCGCCUAUCGAAAAUCGAAACACUCACCUUGGCUAAAAACUACAUCAUCAACCUGACACACAUCAUACUGGCCAAACGCAAUGAAGAAUCUGCAUUAGGAUUCAAUGGUGUGCUGAUGAAUGGCAAUGGAGCCAUUGAGAAUGCCAACAUCAACAACGGUGUAGAUCCAGAUGUCAAUAUUUUGGGUCUCAAUACUGGCAACGCUAAUGUCAAUGGUAAUGGCUUGAUAGCCUUGAACGGCAACUGUUACGAUGAUUCGCCACUUACCAAUGGCACCACCUACAAUUGUACUCUGCUGGCGGAACACCAUCAGAAUGGCGCUACCCCACAAGCGCUGACCACAGCAACUACCACCAUACAGAUACAGAAUCAGCCACUGAGUCAUAUGCACCAUCAGUCUCACCACAUUAUGAUCUCGAAUCACAAUCAGAUCAUGAUGCCACAACAGCAGCAACAACAAAAUCCAUCGGUACCACCUCCGCCCCAACAACAGCAAACACCAAUCAUAAUGAACGGCUACGGAGAUUCUACGGCCGAUAAUAACAAUUUUGACGAACCCUUCCGAGAAUUUUUGUAA